AUAUUUACACACACACACACACACGAUAUAUAUAAGAGCAAGAGAGACGUACAGUUGACCCCUUGAUUAAUUCUUAGCUUGAAUCUUUCAUAGCUAGCGGCCUGCUCGAUCAUUGAGAUAAAUCAUACCGGGCUAUUAAUUCUUUCUCUUUUCUUCUCUUCUUUUGAUUUGAGUACGUCGGUGAACAAUAAUGGAAGCACCUUCUUUUUGGCCAAAUUUAGAGCAACCGCCGCAUGAUACUACUGAUGAUGAGUGGAGUUUUGCGGAGGUGAAGAUAUUUGAGAAGGCACUAGAGGAGUUCGGUCUUGAUUCUCCGGGCCUUUUUGAAAGAAUUGCGGCAAGGCUCCCUCGGAAAACUGAAACCCGAGUCAGGAAUCGCUGGGAAAUGUUGCUUACAGAGAUCGAGAUGAUUGAAUCUGGUUUCAUCCCAAUACCCAACUACAAGACUGCCGCCGAGACCACUAGUACUACAACUAAAUCAGUUCCUCCGGUUCCUGUUCCUGUUAUUGAAAAGAAACCAAAACGAACAAGGGGGGUGCCAUGGACACAGCAAGAACACGAGUCGUUUUUAAUAGGUUUAGAGGAGUUCGGUAAGGGAGAUUGGAGGAGCAUUUCAAGGCAUUGUGUGAAGACAAAGAACCCAACACAAGUUGCAAGUCAUGCCCAGAAACACUUUCUUCGCCUUCACAAGUACUCUACAGCCCAUCAAAAUCCAGAUUCGGCCUCCACCUCCAUCCUCUAAAGACGCACUCAUGCUCUCAACCUCAUCUGCUGCAUCCAUCGAUCCCCUUAAUAUAUUCUUACCAAUGCCUUUUUUUUUUCUUUCUUUUUUUCUUUUUUAAGACCUUUAUUUGGAUUAAUUUGGAGCUCGAUGCGAUCUUAAUUAAGGAUAUGAUCGAUUAA